AGGGAGCUGUCUGCACGAAUGAUUUCGAUCAGAGUUAUCUUAUUGGCGACAAGGGAGCGUUCGGGGAAGUGUACUGGGGUUCGCUGGGAGGAACUCUGGUGGCAAUCAAGGUAAUGCACGGGGAGCUGACGGCUGUGAAGCGCAGGCAGUUCGUCAUUGAGGUAAAUACUCUCAGCCGUGUUCACCACGCCAACCUCACCCAGCUCAUCGGAUACUGCGACGAGGGGAACCGGUGCAUCCUGGUCUACCCCUAUUUCGCAGGCGGGAGCUUGCAGUCACGAUUACACAAGAGGGUGGGGGUGCGCGGAGCAGCGCCCCCGCCGCCGCUGACGCUGUCGCAGCGAAUGUCGAUCAUUUCGCAGAUCGCAGAAGGCCUUCGGUAUUUGCAUUGCGGCGCCAAUCCGAGAGUCAUUCACCGGGACGUGAAGAGCAGCAACGUCCUCCUCAGCGGUGGUGCUAACGGCAGCUUGCAAGUUGUGCUCGCCGAUUUGGGCACGGCGGCCAUCGCCGAGAACGUCUUCGAGACGGGGCACGAGAGCAUGGUGAAGACGUGUCAGCUGGCGGGGACACGUGGCUACAUCGCACCCGAGUACCUGCUCAGAGGGCGGCUGACGGCCAAGAACGACGUGUUCGCAUUCGGAGUAGUCGUGUUGGAGUUGAUGACCGGAAAACCGGCGAUUGAUGGCGAAUUCCAAGCGCUCGCGGAAUGGGUAGGAGGAUUUUCCCAGCGUCCAAACAUGUAUGCCAUUUUUGGCACGAUCAUCGACCCGUGCUUGAGGAGUGUAGUGGAGAGGAACGUCGUCGUCAGGAAUAUGGUCAUGCAUGUGGUUUAUCUAGGGAUAGCGUGCUCCCAACUGGAAGACGAGCAAAGGCCGAUCAUGAGCUCGGUGUGCGACAGGCUGACGGUAUCGUUUCGGAAGCAAAACGGCGGGGUAUAUAAGAAAGCGGGAGGACGAGCAGCAUCCACAUCGGAUAAUGAGAACGUAGCGACGGCAUUGCCGUCGGCGCGGCGCGCUGAGGACGAUGAUCAUCUUCAUCAUCGUCUUCGCCGUCUUUUCCGCAUUCCUGACGCGCCAGAAGGGCGAUUACUGCAGGGGUUGUACGGUACAUCCAAUAUAUCUACCAUUGAUGCUGCCUUAGUAGCUGAUGGUACGAGCGUCGUGAAGUUCCCCCUAGAGGGUCCGUUCAAGUCAAACGGUUCUGUACUAUGCAUGGCCAUAAUGGAGGACGUCGCCCUCUCUCGCGACGGCACUGUGUUGUACUACAGGCUGUUGGAAGGAUGCCUGGACACCGCACUUCAAAAAGUCACCAAGCUCCACUACUCUUUCAGAGAAGCCAAACCGGGUACGGCUACGGCGCUGGAGAGCGGUGGACGUUUGCUUAGUUACUGGUGGCCGGCUGCGAAUCCAAGCGGGAGAGCGAAUAUGACCGCCUUUGUUGCGGAGUAUGAACCGGGCUCUGAUUGGAUCAAUCUGAUGACGAGGAUUUAUUCCAGCAUGGAUGUUUCUAAAUCCGAUACGCACCUGGUCCUCUUUCCGACGGGAAUCGGCACCGGCAAGAAAACGGUAGUUUUCAUCGAGGUCGUCACCGGAGAUAGGAAGGCAAUCGAGUUGUCCGACGUGGACUCGCCAGGAAAUCUCGCGUUCACUCGGCUUGCUAAUGAGCGUCUGUAUAUCACCGACACUGCCGCACCUUAUCGCAUUCUCUCUGCGGCCAUGUUACCUGGAGCUGAUGGUAUUCCCGUGAGUAGCACGACUGUUUUCGCGCCGGAGGCCAAUUUCCCCAAAGGCGCGACGCCCAGCAUAACAGCGACGAAGUUCGCGGGGCAAAGCUUGGACUCACAAGGGAGGUGUCUGUACUUCAGCGACUCCAGUGGUCUCACGGUUUGGAGCCUGGACUUGACAUCUCCAUCAUCAAGAACGUUAUCAGCAUCGGAAUCGCCAAUGUCAAGAAACGCCACGCAUGUCGCGGGAUCAGGCACGCAUGUCGCGGGAUCAGGAAAGGAAAAUAUGAAAGAUGGUCUCGGUUUGCGCAGGUCGUUCGCGUCUCUGUCGCAUCCCGUAGUAACUCGAGACGGGUGCAACGUGUUCGUUGCGGAUGGCAGGACGGUUCGCUGGAUAAAACUGAGUUCGCCCUGCUCUACAGCUCUGGAAGUGACAUCUGUUGCGAAGGCAGAGCCUACGAGCUUCCGGGGCUCGGCGCUCUUCGAUAACGGGACAAGCAAUCCGCUCCUGUACCUAGGUACAAUGGACGGGCAAGUACACAAGCUGGAGAUUAACAGGGCUGCGUUACAUUCAUGUGGUAGUGAGGGGCCGAUACCGUCUCUCCCCUCGAGCCGUCCACUCCCUUCCCCCGUACCGCCUCCGAAUAGUUCCCAAAGCUUCCCCCCGCCGCCCUCCCCUCCCUCUUCUAGUAGCCCUCCAGCAGCGCAAGGCUCGAACAGUUCGAAAUCGCCAAAGGAGGACAAUCUGUCUCCCGCCCUCAUCGCGGUUCCCGUUGUGUGCGGCUUAGCUGUCCUCCUCGUCGUCGUCGGAGAUGCGAUCGUUUACUGCAGGCGUAUUAACCGACCACCGGAGGCGAUACCAGUCACUCAAUCUACCACCCACAUUUCGCCAUUGGUGCUAAGCACCGACACCGUCCCGCUUAACCCCGCCGUUGUCAGAGCUUUCGCGCUCACCGAUCUCCGAUUCUGCACGAAUGAUUUCGAUCAGAGUUAUCUUAUUGGCGACAAGGGAGCGUUCGGGGAAGUGUACUGGGGUUCGCUGGGAGGAACUCAGGUGGCAAUCAAGGUAAUGCACGGGGAGCUGACGGCUGCCAAGCGCAGGCAGUUUGUCAUUGAGGUAAAUACUCUCAGCCGUGUUCACCACGCCAACCUCAUCCAGCUCAUCGGAUACUGCGACGAGGGGAACCGGUGCAUCCUGGUCUACCCUUAUUUCGCAGGCGGGAGCUUGCAGUCACGAUUACACAAGAGAGUGGGGGUGCGCGGAGCAGCGCCCUCGCCGCCGCUGACGCUGUCGCAGCGAAUGUCGAUCAUUUUGCAGAUCGCAGAAGGCCUUCGGUAUUUGCAUUGCGGCGCCAAUCCGAGAGUCAUUCAUCGGGACGUGAAGAGCAGCAACGUCCUCCUCAGCGAUGGUGGUGACGGCAGCUUGCAAGUCGUGCGCGCCGAUUUCGGCACGGCAGCCAUCGCCGAGAACGUCUUUGAGACGGGGCACGAGAGCAUGGUGAAGACGUGUCAGCUGGCGGGGACACGUGGCUACAUCGCACCCGAGUACCUGCUGAGAGGGCGGCUGACGGCCAAGAACGACGUUUUCGCAUUCGGAGUAGUCGUGUUGGAGUUGAUGACCGGAAAACCGGCGAUUUUGUGCCAAUCCCCGGUUGAUGGCGAAUUCCAAGCGCUCGCGGAAUGGGUAAGAGGAUUUUCCGAGCGUUCAAACAUGUCGGCCAUUCUCGGCACGAUCAUCGACCCGUGCUUGAGGAGUGUAGUGGAGACGAACGUCGUCUUAUGGAAUAUGGUCAUGGAUGUGGUUAAUCUAGGGAUGGCAUGCUCUCAACUGGAAGACAAGCAAAGGCCGAUCAUGAGCUCGGUGUGCGACAGGCUUACGGUUAUCGUGUCGGAAGCAAAACGGCGGGAAGCUGAGAAUGGAGAGGCUUCUGAAGUGAAGCCUCAGAUCCCGCCUGACCCUUUAGAGGUUGAACUGCGGGCCCAGGAGGAGAAACUCCACCAACAGGCCAAGGCAGUUGAAACUCUAAAGGCUGAGCUGCAAAAGAAGGAAGAAGCAGCCCAAAAGGAAGCCCGGAGGAAGCUGCUUGUGGCAGAUGUGGAGAAGGUUAGAGUGAGCGGUUCUUCCAGUCAGUACAAUAAAGACAUUGUUGAGUUCGUCCUCUUGCAGGAUGAGAUCAACGGGUCUUAUUUUACAAACUGGGAUGACCAGAUCAUCAGUCUGGAGAACAACCAUUCAACUUUUUUCAAAAAGCUGGAUGACAUUUCUUCCAAACUGGAUCUGAUCUUCACACAUUUGAGGAUUCCUACUCCUCUGACCAUACCUCCCUCUCCUGGACCUUCUCAGACAGGGCCUCAGCCCCAACCACAAUCCAGACCAACAUCUCCAGGCUCUACACCCAAAUCAACAACACCUUCCCAGACCUCAGCCCCAUUUGAAUCGCCGCGGCCCAAGCUGACCCCUCCAUCCAUGUUCUCAGGAGAAGAUCCUAAGGUGGACGUGGCAGAUUGGGUAACUGCGCAGAGAACCUACCUGAAUGGGUUCAAAUGCGACGAGGAUGUGAAGGUGUCAGCCAUCCUGGCUCGGCUGGAGAGGACUGCAUUGAAAUGGUGCACCUCCACCUCCAGCAAGCAGGGGAUGAAGAUGUUUGAUUGGGCACAGAGACUGGGGGUGAAUGGUUUCCUGCAGGCGCUGCAAGACCGGUUUGCAGACAAGGAGCAAGCAAGAAAGGCUGCAGAUAAAAUUUUGCGUCUGGGCCAGAAAAAGUUUGACGGCUCCUUGUCCAAACUGUACUCCACCUUUGAGAGUCUGACAUCGAUUGCAGGGUUAAAGAUGAGUGAGAAGGAUCUGCUCAUUCAUUUCUUGAGGGCAACACCUGAGCAAUACCAGCUUGCUCUCUUCUCUCAGGGACACAAGCACUGGAGGUCCUUUGGCAAAGCAGCCCUGGACUUGGAGUCCAAGCUCCAUGUCCAGGAAGCACCUUUUGAAGGAAGGAAGGGGCCUCCUCCAAAGGGCGAAGAAGGAGGAAGGGCGCCUUGUUUGCUACUACAGCGUCUGGUUCUGAUAGUGACGCAGCAUCCCAACCCUCCACCUGGGACUGCAUCAUCAUCAGUUGCAGAUCCUGUUCUUGCCUUGGCUGAUGCUUUGAUGAGCCUGACUAAGGAAAAAUCCUAGGUCCAGAAAGUACCAACCAGUCGACAAGGGAAAGGGAAGGGACGUGCCUCUUCCCCUGGUGCCCAGAGAGUACCUUUACCACGAGAC